AUGCUGAACUACCUGCGCUCUGUGGAGAGGAGGCUGACAGUGGAUACUGCAGGGCUGCAGGUGGUGGGGGGUGUGCAGGUGAGCAGUGCAGAGGAGAGUGGCUGGAUGAAUGCGGCUCGAGGAUGCAGUGGCUCUACAGGAGGCCCUGGCUCACAGCACUACGUCUACAACACUCCUGCUGACUACAAGGUCCAUUGCACAGAGUUUAUGGAGUUCCCUGAGGUGGAGAAUCUUAGUGACUUCUACAGCACUGAGGGUCAAUAUAUCCAUGUCCAGGAUCAGAGAGGCCUUUAUGUUGUGUAUGAUGCAGCCAUGAUAGACCUGAAAGAACUUGAAAACACACUGCUGCUCAUAGCGUCCCAUUACAUCAGCAGAAGCAGAGAGACUUUCAGUGGUUCAUUGAAAUCUGCUGAGACUCUUAAAUCCUGGGCUGGAAUGGAUGUGGAUCGAGUUGCCGUUCUGCUGGACAUCUGGACAUGUGAGACUGCUUUCCUGGAGCACAAAAUAGAGCUCUUGAAUUGCUACUUUGAGGCUUACCAGCAUGUUAUAGACGUAGAGGAGCGGUUUAGUUUGGCUCAAGUGAUUACAGACGUGAUGCACAGAAGGCCUUGUCUGGAUUUGGAAACAGAGUAUUUUGUACAAGCGUAUAAGCAGGAGGUGGUCUGCCUGCAAAGUCAUCAGCAACUUAUUAAAUUAAUUCUCAAUACUCAGAUUGAUAAGCAGCGUCAGUACCUUGAGCGGAUAUGGAGAGGGAAGCAGAGGACGAGCUGUCUUCUUGAAUACGGCUUCCCUUUAAACUACGUCCCUAAACAGCUGGUCUCAGUAGGACCCUGGAACAGGCCCAUGCUGAGCUAUGUGAGCUGCAUGGGAUCAGGAGUGCCUCACAGAGAGCCAGGCUGGAACACAGGAUCCUGA